AAAUGCACUGUCGAACAACACUAAACAGCAGUGUUUGUAAUUUCCACUAACAAUGCAAUUCCUCUUCCUUUUCCCGCUCCUCGCCGCCGCCGUCAUACUCGCUAAAUUCGCCUACUCCGUCCUCUGGCUCCCCUACGCGAUCCAGCGCCACUUCAAGGCCCAAGGCGUCGCCGGCCCAGGCUACCGUCCGAUCAACGGGAACAAUGCCGAGACCGGCCGCCUCUCCGCCCAAGCUCUGUCUAGGAAACCCGAGUCGGCAGCCGGCGGGAUCUUCGGCCACCGGGACGUGGUGGCCAGGGUGUCCCCGUUUUACCACGAGUGGGCCCGCACGUACGGGAAGACUUUUUUGUUCUGGUUCGGGAUCCGGCCCAGGUUGGUGAUAUCCAGGCCCGACGAUAUCAAACAGGUGAUGCUUAACACGAGCGGGUCGUUCGAGCAGGCCCGGUUCAACCCGCUGGGCAAAUUGCUGUUCUGGCAGGGCCUCGUGGGCCUCAGAGGAGAUACUUGGGCCCUCCAUCGACGGAUCAUAAGCCAGGCAUUCAACAUGGAGAGAGUUAAGGAAUGGGUGCCGGAGUUAGUGGCAUGUUCUGAUAAGAUGUUGGAGAAGUUCGAGGGAAUAAGAGGAGAAAGAGAAGAGUUUGAGAUCGACGCUCACAUGGAAAUGAACGAUGUAGCGGCGGAUGUAAUCUCGAAAACUACGCUCGGGAGAAGUUUCGAAGAAGGGAGGCGAAUCUUCGCACUCCAGGAUCAGCAAGCUCACCUUGUAGCUCAAGCCCUAACCAACAUCUACAUUCCCGGCUUCCAGUUCUUGCCCACAAAGAAGAACAGGGAGAGGGCGAGAUUGGAGAAGGAAACUCGAGAAUCCAUAAAGGCGUUGAUUCAUAGAAGAAAUGAAAGGGUUAGAGGGAGUUCCAGAAGUCUCAUUGAUUUGUUGAUGUCUCCUUACAAGAAUCAGGACGGAUUGGUGGAGGAACUCGGAGUGGAGGAAGUGAUAGACGAAUGCAAAACGUUCUACUUUGCAGGGAAAGAGACUACCGCUAAUCUCUUGUCUUUUGCUCUGCUCAUGUUAGCAAAUCAUCAGGAAUGGCAAGACAAGGCACGAGAGGAAGUGAUUCGUGUCCUUGGAAGAGACAAAUCUCCAGUUGCAGACAAUCUAAGCGAUCUUAAGAUUUUGAACUUGAUAAUCCAAGAAACUCUACGAAUGUACCCUCCAGCCGUGUUACUAUUGAGGGAGGCAACGAAGAAAGUUAAGAUGGGCCGCCUGGAAAUUCCUACUGGGACAGAGUUCCACGUGCCUCUAAUUGGGAUCCACUACGACUCAGAAAUCUGGGGAGAAGAUGCUCACGAGUUCAAUCCGUUGCGGUUCAACGAGCCUAGGAAGCAUUUGGCUCAUUACUUCCCAUUCGGGAUGGGCCCAAGAAUAUGCGUGGGUCAGACAUUGGCCAUCGUCGAGGCCAAGAUAGUGUUGGCCAUGAUCAUUAGAAACUACUCCUUCGUGUUGUCGUCGACUUAUGUUCAUGCGCCUUCCCACUUCAUUAGUUUGAUGCCUCAGUAUGGUGCUCAUAUGGUGUUUAGGAAGGCUUUUUAAUCCGUGUUGCAGAAGGAUAUGAAGAUGUGCGCCAAAAAAACAAACUUUGAAUUUGAGUAUGUAUCUUUUAGUCAAAACGUGUGGAUUUGGUUUAUUCAGUUUACUCGUUAAAGUUAUAUUUUGUGCCAUUUAAUUCAUAAAAAGUGUUAGUGUUAGUUUAGAGUUUGCAAUCGAGUCUUGUUCAUCAUGGUUGCUGGUUUUCAGAGUUGAGAGGUUAGUAGUUCGCAAUGUUUAUGUCGAGAUUGCUGGGCAUAUUGUGUGUAUUUUAUGUUAGAGUCUUUCAUUCAAUAAUAAAUUUGUUAAAUUGCA